AUGGGCGUAGACAGCCAGCCAACGCAGCGGCCUGUUCUGCAGAUAGAGGCCGGCGCUGGGGGCCCAGGUCCGCCGAACAACAAUGCCGAAGGAGCGGUCGCCAGUCCCCCGCGCGACGACAACCACAAUGCCUCGCAACCCACGCCGAGAGUACCGAUCACGCCAUCAGAGGCGCUGAAGGCGUACAGCGAGAGGCUGAGCGAAUGGGAGAGAAACGAGGUGAGGAAGUACCCGGAGGUGUGGUUCCUGGGGCUGGACGCGAACAAGGUGCAGGCGCGCACCAACCUGCCCAACAACUGCGGCUUCGACGACGAGAAUGGCAGUUACAACAAGCAAAUCAACGACCACAUAGCGUACCGCUACGAGAUCCUCGAGGUGAUCGGCAAGGGCUCCUUCGGGCAGGUAAUACGCGCCCUGGACCACCGCAACGGGAGCCAGGUGGCGAUCAAGAUCAUCAGGAACAAGAAGCGCUUCCACCACCAGGCGCUGGUGGAGGUGCGCGUGCUCGACCACCUCCGGCUGAAGGACAAGGACCAAUCGCACAACGUCAUCCACAUGCUAGACUACUUCUACUUUAGGAAUCACCUUUGCAUCAGCUUCGAGCUGAUGAGCAUUAACCUGUAUGAGCUCAUCAAGAAGAACAACUACCAGGGAUUCAGCCUGAGCCUCAUCAGACGCUUUGCAAGCUCGCUGCUUCGGUGCUUGAGGCUAUUGGAGGCCGAGAACAUCAUACACUGCGAUUUGAAACCGGAAAACAUCCUGCUGAAGGCGCGAGGCAGUUCCUCGAUCAAGGUGAUAGACUUUGGCAGCUCUUGCUAUACCCACGCCCGCGUCUACACCUACAUACAGUCCCGCUUCUACCGCAGCCCCGAGGUCAUCCUCGGCUUGCAGUACGGCACACCCAUAGACAUGUGGAGUAUGGGCUGCAUACUUGCGGAGCUGCACACAGGCUACCCGCUGUUCCCGGGGGAGAACGAGGCAGAGCAGCUGGCCUGCAUAAUGGAGGUGCUGGGUCCACCGCCACCGGACCUCCUGCUGCACGCGACCAGGAAGAGGCUGUUCUUCGACUCCAAGGGCUCGCCGAGGACCGUGACCAACUCGAAGGGCCGCAAGCGCCGGCCGGGCUCUCGGGCGCUCUCGAGCGCCGUGCGCACCGACGACCCCGCCUUCCUGCGCUUCCUGCACCGCUGCCUGGAAUGGGACCCUAAGCGGCGGAUCAGCCCCACGGAGGCGACGCGCCACGAGUUCGUGACGGGGUGCCCUUUGGGGUCCACUUCUGCGGGGGUGCUGGCGCUGCCACGCCUCGCGCCGCCCAGGCCGGCCCGCGCCGCGCUCCUGCACUCCCAGUCCGCCGGCGACGUGGCCGCUAUGCUGGGCAGGGCG